GUCACCAGAGGGGUGGAGAAUGGUGUGAUUGAACUCAGAAGUAAAACCAAAACUCACCUUCCUGGCAAAAGGGCUGCUUUGGAAGAAAUAGGGAAUAAAGUUACAACAAGAGGAACACGUAUAGCUAAGAAAACAGAAUGCUCCAAAGCAGCCAUAAAACCUACGAAAGGACCUGGUAAAAUGACAAACGUAACUGUACCGCCUAAACCUCCCGCUGCCGCGAAUCAGGCAUUCAAAGAAACUGAUGUUCCAAAGGUUCUGUCUCCUGUCCCGAUGGAUGUAUCCAUGCAAGAGGAGGAUUUGUGCCAAGCCUUCUCCGAUGUGUUGCUCAACAGCGUAGAAGACAUCGAUGCUGAGGAUUGGGGGAAUCCCCAGCUGUGCAGUGACUACGUGAAAGAUAUCUACCUGUAUCUGAGAGAGCUUGAGCUGCAGCAGGCCGUCCGCCCGCACUACCUCGACGGGAAGACGAUCAACGGGCGCAUGCGGGCGAUUUUAGUCGACUGGCUUGUCCAGGUCCACUCCAGAUUCCAGCUUUUGCAGGAAACACUGUAUAUGUGUGUGGCCAUUAUGGAUCGCUUCUUGCAAAGUCAUCCAGUACCUCGUAAGAGGCUUCAGCUGGUGGGUGUGACAGCACUGCUUCUAGCUUCAAAAUACGAAGAGAUGUACUCUCCUGAUGUGGCAGACUUUGUUUACAUUACUGACAAUGCCUACACCAGUUAUGAAAUUAGAGAAAUGGAGAUGAUGAUCCUUAAAGAGUUAAACUUUGACUUGGGGCGACCUCUUCCAAUUCAUUUCCUAAGAAGAGCAUCAAAAGCUGGGGAGGCUGAUGCGAAGCAACACACGCUAGCCAAGUACCUGAUGGAGCUGACACUGAUAGACUAUGACAUGGUUCACCAUCGUCCUUCAGAGAUUGCAGCUGCUGCGUUAUGCUUGUCCCAAAAGAUUCUGGGACAUAACGAAUGGGGCACAAAGCAGCAGUACUACACGGGCUACACAGAAGACAGCCUUGCAAUGACUAUGAAACAUAUGGCCAAGAAUGUGGUUAAAGUAAAUGAGAAGUUAGCAAAAUACACUGCUAUAAAGAACAAGUAUGCGAGCAGCAAACUCCUGAUGAUCAGCACAGCCCCUCAGCUGAGCAGCGAGACAAUCAAGGACCUGGCUUCCCCACUCUUGUGA